AUUUCUGACAUGGUCGAGUUCCCUUAACUUCAACGCAAGCAGGAAGAAAAUGGUGGUUAACCUAUAAAAUGUUCUUACAACUAAAAUCUUAUACUUUUAAAUAUGAGAAUAAUACCUCCUUUAAAACAAAUAGUUAAUGCUCAGACCCUAGACGCGCUAAGAAAAAGCAUUUCCAAGACCGUUGCCGAAGCCACGCCUUAUAUAAAUGCGGCGAAAAAAAAACAAAUAGACAUUCUUAACGACAAAUUUUUUAAGUUAAAUAAUUGGUAUAUGAGAGUUGUGGGCUUGGAUAAAGUUCAGUUAAGUCAGGAUAGGGUUACAGCAUUACAGCAACAGCUACUCGAUGUACAAGAAAAGAGAAGAGAGGUAAGUCGACAACUGACUGACGUGAGGAAUAAGUCUAUGGAAAUGCAGGAUGAAAUCCAUAAAAUCAAGAGACAAGAUGACUUGGAAAAAUUUUUGGAUUUAAUGAAAAAAGAAACGGAGAUUUUAAAACUAGAGAAAACUAUCUCCAGAACAUUUCAAGAUUAUGAUCAAACGGAAAGAGAACUUUUUACUGCUUUUACCAACGCGAUAAGGGAUACUCAUGAAAAGCAAAGAGCACAAAUGGAAUAUACAAAAUAUUUAGGCAUCAUUCUUAGUCUGAUUGGCUCACUUUUAGCAUUCUUGUUUUCGACAAUUCGUAAACAACAACUUAAGGCAUUACUUGAUGAACGGUUGAGUGGAGUUGCCUCGCCUUUGGAUGAAGUCGUGAAGACUCGUGAAACAAUAGAUCAAGUCAUCAAUUCCCUGCAUAGAUUAGAACAAGGGGAAGUGAUUUCAAAUAAAAGUACUUUUGAGGAAGUUGUGAAGACUCGGGAAGUGAUAAAUGAAGUUGUCAACUCUCUGCAUAGAUUAGAAGGCAAAGAAACUGCAUUGAUACCUCAUACCUCUUUGGUUGAAGACUGGAAGACUCACCCUUUGUACGUUAAAAUUUUUGCUGGCGCCAUACUAGUGUGGUUGUUUCUAAAAGCGGUAUAAAUGAU